GUCCUCUGGUUUCUUAGCAACCAGUGUGUUUAAAAAGUGUAGCUACGUUUGUCGCGUCUGAGCCCAAUAUAGGACAAAAGGAGCCCGUUUCAACUUUAACACCGUGUACUAUUUUAUAUAUCAAAACAUGUUGAACGUUGACGGCGUUGGGACAACGUUGCAGAGGCGUCGCUGCAGAGAAACUGAAAGACAAGAAAGGGUUUUUAAUGACAAGAUGAGGACGACCGGGGUUGACACGGAGGCCUUGAACAUGCAGAUAAAGGAAAAAGAGAAACAACAAGAGGCAGCGAAAGAAGAACAAAACGCUUAUCAUGCUUAUAUGCUCCAUAAUAGCAAAGUAGCUUGCCUCCUCCAAAGCAGAGAAGCGAAGGAGAAGCGUGCGAUGGAGAAGGCCAUAGCUGACUACCGGCAUCAGUACCAGCGGCCUCAGUGCCAGCAGGAGUAUGAGCAGACUGGGCCCGACCACUGGAGAAAAACAGACCUGGGUGAUGCACAGAUGAUGCCCCCUGGCCUGCUGGGCGAGGACCCCGACAGUAAGAGCAGGCGACAGAGGCAAAGGGAGCAGCUCAGAGAGUGGCUCAUCCAGCAGCAAAGUGAGCUGGCAGCAGAAAGACAUCAACAAAAGAUUGAGGAGCAACGCUAUGACCAAAGCAGAGUAGACAUGGACAACAAAGCUCUGCAGCUUCAGAGCACUGAGAUGGAGAGGAGAAAAGCAGCAACUUUAGCCACUAAAGAGUACAAUCUGGCCAAGAUUGAAGAGAAGCGUCACCAGGAAGAGGAAAACAAUGAAGAGGGUGUAGAUGUGAAACCCACCCUGGGCAUGGUGGGAGUCCCCGGUCUUUGUCCCAGCAGUGAUAGGAGAGCCCCCCCGGAGAGCCUACAGCACAUCAUCCGGUUCCAGAAAUAUCAAAUCGAGGAGAAAAAGAGGCUACAACUGGAGAGAAAGCGGGAAGAGGAACAACAAGAUCGCGUCCGCUUGGACUCGGCUCGCACAUCUCUGUUAAUAGAGAGGCAGCAGGCAAGACUGAACAAGCAGCUGAGACAACACCUGGACAACACGAACGUCAAGCUGGCCCAAAUACACAAACAACAGAAACCGGAUAUUGAAAGAGGAGGCAUUGAAGACAGCUUCUUCUCCAAAUUCAACACCUGCAGCAGAUGAUGGAAGGCACGCUGCACUGAUGACUGGCUCAUCACAGUGGCUAAGCACUGGUAAUGGAGCUACGUGGGAAGGAAGCUAAAUAAACUGAAGCACACAGUAAAUGAACACUUUUUUAAUUAUGGAAACAAUUAAUUUCACAACAUUUAUUAAUGUCUAGAUGAUUCUGAGAGCUGUUGACUUUUUCAC